GAGACGGAAGCUGCUCCCCGACCAGAGGCGCGCGUGCGCUCUAACAAAACAGAGCCGACAGCUUCGCGAAGUGGCAGCUCGGGCUUCCACCGACACCAGUGAAUCGCAGCUCGGCUGGAGGACGCACGCUCCGCUCCACCGUCUCCCUCAGUGCGCGCGCGCACGUGUGUUGGUGUGUGUGUGUGUGUGUGUGGCAGCAGGAGCAGCAAACAUCUCUCCACCCAAAGUAAAGCAGCUCAGAAGCAGCUCGGCGGCGGAGAAGUGAUGGAUGAAAGGCAGUUCAUGGAGCACGCGGACUUCUUGGGGGUGGAUUUCCCGCCGCUCUACAUGUGCAAAUCUAAAAGAGGCAUAAAGCGGGAGGACGGUGGGAAGGACGCGUACAAGUUACCGCACCGGCUGAUAGAGAAGAAGAGGAGAGACAGGAUUAAUGAAUGUAUUGGGCAGCUGAAGGACUUGUUACCAGAAAACCUGAAGCUGUCGACGCUCGGACACUUGGAGAAAGCUGUGGUUCUGGAGCUCACGCUGAAACAUUUAAACGCACUGACUGCUGUCACGGAGCAGCAGCACCAGAAGAUCCUCGCGCUGCAGAACGGAGACCGCUGCAUGAAGCCCCCCGUACACGCGGAUCUGGAUGCGUUCCACUCCGGGUUCCAGACGUGCGCCAAGGAGGUCCUGCAGUACCUGAGUCAGUCCGAGAACUGGGCUGCGAGGGAGCAGAGGUGCGCGCAGCUCAUCAGCCACCUCCACAAGGCGCUGGCGCAGUUUCAGCCUGACGCGCCGGCGCAGCACCAGCUGCCCGCAGCCGGGGACGCGCACAAGCCCGACGGCCAGGCUAACUGCGUGCCGGUGAUCCAGAGGACCCAGGGCGGGGAGCUGAACGAGAACGACACGGACACGGACAGCGGGUACGGCGGGGAGGCGGAGAAGAGCGACGGGAAGGAGAGGGAGUGCGCGCGCAAGGCUCCGGGCGCCAGGGCGGUGAAGGUGAAGCAGGAGUUUGGAGACGACAGGGCGGCCAAAAAGACUAAAACGUGCUGGUCUGGGAACGGGAUGGGCGGCGCGGAGCAAAGCAGGCCAGAUGUGGCGUUCAUGAACUCUCUGAUGGGAGUGAACUCGGCGGGACAGCAGACACCGAUCUGCAUGCCUUUCUACUUCAUCAACCCGUCGGCCGCGGCGCCGUAUCUGCCUUUUUUCGACAAGAACAGCCUUGAGAAGUACAUGUACCCCGCGGCGGCGGCGGCGGCUCUGGCCUCUCCUUUCCCAUGGCUGUAUCCGGCGCACGCGGCCGCGGCUGCUGCCGCCGCCUUCCCCGGCCUGUCCGCGCACCUCGGAGCCCCCCCUCAGUCCAGAGACUCCGGACCGCACGAGGCAGAGACGGGCUCAGCUGAGGAGCUCGAGGAAAGUCCCGUUAGUGACGGAGAGGGUGACGCAGGCGACGCGUCCCCGGAGCGGAACAGUCCGGCUCACGCGCAGUUCACCGCGUGCCAGAGCAGCUAAUGAGGCAAACCGAGGAGCUGCACAGCAUGUGUACAAACCUUAUUGUGACUGACUGCGCGUGCCUUUUGCACAAACAAUCUGAACGACCAAUGAUUGACACUUCACAGCUGGAAGGAGUUUUUAUAUCCUCUUUGAUAAAAACGUUUUGACAUCGGUGCCAAAACAACAAGCCCCUUUGCUCAACGGCAGCAGGGCAGCAGAACCCUCACG